AAUUUAAAAUUAAAUCCAAUUUCCAAUUUCCCACUCCUCACAUCUUUAUAAGGUCCAAGUUCACUGCACCUUUUUCAUCAUUCUAACCCUUUUCAUCUUCCUCCUCCAAAAAUGGGUUCCACAACUCUAUCACCAUCCAUGAAGCUCACGAUCUUUCUCAUCUUUCUAACUUUCACAGUUUCACUAGCCUUAGACAUGUCAAUCAUUUCCUACGACAAAACUCACCCUGACAAAUCAACCAAAAGAACCGAUAACGAAGUGAUGAACAUGUACGAAGAGUGGUUAGUGAAACACGGAAAAUCAUACAACGGUUUAGGUGAGAAAGAUAAGAGAUUUGAGAUCUUUAAAGACAACCUUAAUUUCAUCGAUGAACAUAACGGUUUGAAUUUGAGUUAUAAAUUGGGGUUGAACCGGUUCGCCGAUCUAACAAAUGAAGAAUUCCGAGCCAAGUUUUUGGGAACAAAAAUGGAUCCGAACCGGAGGAUGAAGAAGGUGGGUGGUUCAAGAAACAAUAGAUAUGCGCCACGUGUCGGUGAUAAAUUGCCUGAAUCUGUUGAUUGGAGAAAAGAAGGUGCUGUUGUUGGAGUCAAAGAUCAAGGAGGCUGUGGGAGUUGUUGGGCAUUCUCAGCAGUUGCUGCAGUAGAAGGAAUAAAUCAGAUUGUGACAGGAGACCUAAUUUCAUUAUCAGAACAAGAAUUGGUGGACUGUGAUACAUCAUACAAUGAAGGAUGCAAUGGUGGACUUAUGGACUACGCCUUCGAGUUCAUCAUCAACAAUGGUGGCAUUGACACUGAAGAGGAUUACCCCUAUCGUGCUAUUGAUGGUAGAUGUGACCAGAGCAGGAAAAAUGCUAAAGUUGUUACAAUUGAUGACUAUGAAGAUGUUCCUGCCUAUGAUGAAUUGGCCUUGCAAAAGGCUGUUGCAAAUCAGCCUAUUGCCGUUGCUAUUGAAGGUGGCGGUAGGGAAUUCCAGUUAUAUGAAUCUGGAGUAUUUACCGGUAGAUGUGGAACAGCACUAGACCAUGGUGUUGCAGCUGUUGGUUACGGCACAGCUAAUGGUAAAGACUAUUGGAUUGUUAGGAAUUCCUGGGGUAGUACCUGGGGAGAAGCCGGUUACAUCAGACUUGAACGUAAUCUAGCUUCAAGCAGAUCAGGAAAGUGUGGAAUUGCAAUCGAGCCAUCUUAUCCAAUUAAGAAUGGAGAGAAUCCCCCUAACCCGGGACCAUCACCACCUUCACCUGUGAAGCCACCAUCUGUCUGUGACAGUUACUAUAGCUGUGCUGAAGGAUCCACUUGUUGCUGUAUUUAUGAGUAUGGAAAAUCUUGCUUUGAGUGGGGAUGCUGUCCUCUUGAAUCCGCUACUUGCUGUGAUGAUCACUACAGUUGCUGCCCUCAUGAGUAUCCUGUCUGUGACAUUUAUGCUGGACUUUGUCUUAAGAGCAAGAACAACCCAUUAGGAGUGAAGUUAUUCAAACGAACUCCUGCCAAACCCAACUUGGCCAUUGGAGGUAAGAACAAGAUCAGCACCACUGCUUAAGUUGUUGAAGCGAAAAUGUACGUGCUGAAAAAGAAUACGAGGAAUUCAGAGGAAGAUGAAGAGGACUAAAACACUAGCUGAUGCCCUUUUCCUUUGCUUUCAUGACAAUGCAUGUACAACAUCAUAUUUGUUCGCUAUUUUAUGAAACAAACUGAUACAUUAAAUCAAAUUUCAGUCACACACAUUGACUGUGUACAUAACUAUGCAUUGUAUUUCUAUUCAAAUUCCAAACCAAGAACUUACUUGAUUAUUGUACUUUUCAUCUUCUGUAAAUUAUCUGAUGAUCAUUCAGUAAUGCUUGGAUCUAUCCCAUA